AUGAAAAUACCUCUUAAUACUCUUGAGUAGCCUAAAGAAAUCGAACGUCGUGUAAUUUCUUUCCGCCUAAUUUUAGCUCUUGGCAUCCAUCUUAGUGAGUCCCAACUUCUUGGAAGAGUUGCUUUAAUUAGUGAAUGACAAGAGUAAUGUUAUCCACAAAUUAUCUUUGGGAUCAUUGACUUUAUUAAUGGAUAAAUUAGAUGACUAUAUAGAGAAUAUGGCUCAACUAGUAUAAUAGAACUCCAGACAUGAUUGUUCAUAGUUGUUAAACCUCAUUAAUAGUUUAAUGGAGUAUGAGUGUUAUAGGUAAUAAUUUAAAAAAAUAUGAAUAGAAAAUUGUUUAAUUCAUUAGAACAUCUAUUAAGCAUAGUGGAGCAUACUGACAGUUUGCAAAAUUAUGAGACCAUUAUGAACAUUCUGAUAAAAAUUUGUGAUUAAGCGAUUAAUCUAAACAAUCCUUAAUAGAAAGAAAUCUGCAAUUAAUAAUUACGAGAUAACAUCCCUAGAUUGAUUUACUUGAAUAGAUUUCUCUUUGAUCAUAAUAAUGCUCUUUCAUCAACCAAACUUGAAUUGAUCGAUUAUUAUUAUGAUGAUCCAAAUUAUUUAACUAUUACAGACAAUCCAAUUUAGUUUCCAUAAUUGCAAUUUGAAUAUAUAGAGCCAACUAUUUUAGAUGAGUCAUAUGCAGAUUUAUGUAAAAAUGGUAUUCACAAGAAAGAAUUGCAGCAUUAAACAUCAAUUAAAGUAUAAUUUGUUUAUUAAAUAUAUAAAUAGAACUUUAGCAUUUAAGACGACCAUUCUAUUCCUGCUCUACUUUUAGCUAAAAAAACAUUAGGACAGCAGGAAAUGCCUUUGAGUCCAUUGGUAGAGGCAGUUAAAUAUCGAAUUCUCAUUCAUAGAGGUUUGGCUUAAAAUAAAAUUGAAACUAAUACAUUGGUUUUAGGUAUGCAUAUAUUAUCACUUGAAAUGAACAUGUUAUUGGAUGCUUUCUGUUCAACUCACGAUUGCGCUUUACUAUUAGAUUAAGUAUUUAUGGAGAAAAUUGAAUACGAACAAUAUUUCUCCAUCUAUGCUAAAUUGUUUUAAUUGAAAACCGUGUAACCCAAAUUACUAACAACUAUUUUAUCAACUUUGGAUGAAAUAUUGGUGGCAGAAAGAUAGUAGGAUAAUGAAAUAGCAUUAAAUACAGCCAAAAAUUAUGAUGAAACCUUUUUGCAAUUGAUUUAUGAUGUUUUAUCAAUGCAACCACAUCAAAUUGAAAUCGAAUCCAGUUACCCAUUAAAAUAUAAUGGAUAACUAUUAAAUGAAUAAUGCGCUAGGGAUGAAGAAGUUGCUUGUGGCAUAUUUAAAUUGUUCUCCUCAGAAUCUGGAGUGUUAUUAUUAAGUCGAAGCAAUAUAGCAUUAGGAUCAUCCUAAGCUUUAAUUAGAACACUGCUUAUUUAAGAUAAUAAAUUGCUUUUGCCACCUGAAAUUCUGAAAGCAGCUAUUGGAAUGCUGGGAAGGUUGUCCAGAAAAGAAGAUCUACAAAGAGACCUUAAAAUAUUUAAUGAUCUAAUUAAAGUAGUCGAAAAUCUAAUUACCAUUGGACCCAAUCUAAUCAAACCUACAGAUUAAGGGUAUCAACAUGUUACUUUUGAUGAAACUGAUUCUAUCAUUUCAUUUGCUAUAUAGAGUAUCAAUGAACAUUUCAAAGACGAUCUUGGAAGAAGAUAUAAUAGAGCUAAUGCACCUACUAUUGCCAGAAAAGUAUCAGAAACUCAGAUCAUUAAGAAACUUUAAAGUUUACUUUAAGACAGUAAGUACACCCUUAUUAUUCAAUAAACACUCAUUUUGAUUUCACAUCUUGCAAAUGAGGUUCCUACACUUAUUGGUAGAUUGAUUGACUCUCAAUUACCACAAUAAUUAAACUUAAUCAUUUAGAGUCUAAAUUACACAUAAAUUAACAAUAAAAUGGUUAAUGCUAUAUUUUAGUUCUAUUUUAAUGUUUCAUUGAAGGAGGAAGGAUAUGAUCAAUUUAAUACUUUUGGCUUAGAAUUCAUGCAAAAAAUUCUUAAUUUCAGUUUAAUACAAUCUAAUGCGCCUAAGGAACUAUUAACAUCUGUUGGAUAGAACAUUGCUAAGUAUCUACAAAAAAUUGAUAAAGUUGGACCUUAAGUCAUAAACAUACUCAACAUAGGAUUGGAAGAACUUUAUAAUUAUUUGAAUGAAAAGAAAAACAAUUUGAAAGAAGACACAUAUUAAUAAUAUUAUGAAAUUAUUACUAAAAUCUCAAACCUAUCCAUACUAACUUUCAAAAUGAUUCAUAAUUUACAUCCAUCCUAAUAAUCUGAAAUGAAUGCAAAAGGAUUCUUUGAGAAAUUAUUAUUAUUCUUUGAAUUUCCUACUUUUGAUUUUAAAAUUGACUUAACCAAAGUGUUUAGAUUAUUUGCUUAGCUAGAUGAAUUUGAUAACCCAUUUAAAGCAUUAUCUAAGGUACUUGCCUCCAUUUCUAAUUUGGAAGGUAAAUUGGGUUGUCCCUUUGAAAAAACAAACAUUUUAAUUGAUGAAUCAUACUAUAACUCUGAGAAAUUCUUUUUAGCAUGUCCUUUGGAUUAAUUGUAAUAAAAAUUAGAAUUUGUGUCCUACUAUUCUCAAAUUGAGUCAUUGAUGGAAGUUCUAAAACACUAUUUGAUGAACGGUUAAAUCAGAUAUGAAUAAUAGGAAAUAGGAAAAUUAUUGACUAAGAGUUGUUCAUUGUUUUUAAUUUUAAUUAGAUCUAUCAAAUAUACCGAGGAUUAGAAAAUAGAGUAAGUUUUCAAAAAAUCUGUUUUCUACUAAUAUAUUUAAUUACUAAAAGUUAUAAUUAUCAAUUCGUAUAGAUUAAUGAGAAGAAUCAAUAAUGAAUUACAACCACUGAGUAAUUUGUUUUGUUAAUUAAGUUAAAAUUUAAAGAAUGAAAAUAUCUAAGUAAUUUAAUUGCAUUCUUAUCUAAUUAAUGAUUUAUUAAAUAACCUUGUUGAAGGUAGAAAGUAUGCAGAUUUCCAGAAUUUGCACCCAGAUUUUUUGAGUCUGUUAAUAAACUCUGAAUUUCUUGACAAUCUCAAAUCUGGUAUUAGUUAAUUUAUUUAAUUGGUGGGUUAGAAGAAUAAUGUUGAAUCUAUCGAUUUGUUGGGCUGGUAGUAUGCAAAUAUCAUUAAAUUGAUUUAUCUGAAUAAAAUAGAUAUGAACAAAAAGAUAUAAGGAUAUAUGUUGAUUCCUAAAUAAAUCGAAGAAAUUUAAAAUCUCCUAACCAUUACAUAGUGUUUAUCAGCUGAUCCCAUUUAUGCAGUUUAAGAGUAGUUAUUCAAUAAGGUACUUUUUAUUUUCCGUCCUUAAUUCUUACAAGAUAUUCUCUAAAAAGACAAGGAUAACUUCUUCUAAAAGACUUAUUAAAUUUUCAGGGAUGAAAAUGGAGGUGAAAUCGAUAUACUAUAAUAAGAUCCAAAUGAAGUGAGAACAAAACUUAGAGACAUGGGUUAUCAAGAAGAUCAGAUUACAAUAGCACUUCAAAAUAAUGAUAUUUAUGAUGUGACUAGGCUUAUUGAAUGGAUUUAAGAAAAUUUUGAUAUGAUUGAAGAAUAAAGAGUGAGAAUUAUGGAAAUUCAAAAGAAUGAACCUUCUUUAGAAGAAGUUACACAAUAAAUUUGGGCCAAAUACAAGACUCUUAAAGAAUUUAUCUAAACAAACAUGCUAUCAUUUAGUAGAUUUGAGGAAAGCAUCUUCUAAUUGUUGGAAGGAUAAGUUAUGCCUUCAUUAUUAAAAUGCUUAAAAUAGGUUGUCUAUGAAUAAUUGAAAUUACAACUUAAAUUUAAGGAUUGCGAACUUGAAAUCAAACAACCUUAAACUGACAAUAUGAAGGUCAUCAUCACAAUUUUGCAUUACAUUUACAAAUAAAAAAACCUUGUUGAAGAAUAUGAAGGCAUCGUACCUGAAUUGAUGAAAUUGGCAUAGGAAUUAAUGAAAUACCAAGAUGAUCUCAGUCUUAAAGCCAUAAAUCACAUAUUAGCAAUUUUAACUCUAUUUAUUACUGAUGAUCAAAAGAAGAAAAAGAAUCAUCAUGACACAGUAAAUGAUAUCCUUUUGGGAGUAAUCAACAUUUUAAAAGGAAAAGUUUAAAAUCAUACUACCUCAAAAAUUUGCAUAGAAAUUCUUGUGAGAGCAUUCCAAGUAAACAAGGAAAAUGUCUCAAAGUUUGUCUCUCAAAUGAGAGGAUUAGAAUACUUGAUGAGGAUAAAAGGUGAUUCCUAAAAUCACAUGUUUCCAUUGACUAAACUAGCACUUUCAAUUGUUCAUGACAAGAGCUUGGUGAUUGCACAGAUUGAAGCUAAAAUUAAAAAGAUUCUCUAUAAUCAAGAAUAUAAUAAGGAGAUUGAGAACAUUAAUAAACAACAAUAGCAACCUUAAUCUUAGGUUUAGCAACAACAUUAACCUCAUUACCCUAUUUGCUUCUAACCCAUUUAUUAUAAUAUUCCCUUAACAAAUGAUAUUAAGAUUGCUUCUAAUCAUCCAGCUUUAUAGGCCAUUUAAACUUAAGCCUUUUAUGCGGAUGAGUUCAAAGAGGUUAUGUCUCAUUUAUUUGAAGAUGGAGAAACUAUUGAAGGAGUUAAGUAUUUGAAUCUUAGGAAAGGUUGUUCAUUACACACUUUCGAUUGUGUUUAACCUACUAGUUUUUAAAAGCAUAAGGAACCAGAAACUGCUAAAAAAAGCAAAUAAAUCUCAAAAAAAAAAAAAAGUGAAGAUAAACUACAAUUACAAUCCAACUUCUAACAUACUUAAGAAGCAUAAAUCCUAAUUAAAUCAUUAAUACAAUAGAUGAUAAGUUCAUUUUUCGAAAAUGAAUAAUAUCAAUAUCAUUGGUAUACUAUAACUUAAGUAUUGUAAAUAUUGAUUCGAAGAUAUCCUGUCCUAAUACCAAAGAUAGUGAGAGUUAAUUGUAGUAAAUUUUUGAAGCCUUAUUAAAAAUAAUUAAGUACAGACUACUAAGAUUUGGAGUUUCCGAGAAAAAUCUCGUUUCUAACUCUUAUUACUAGAAUUAUGACUCCUGCAAAGAAUCUUCUAUUUGAAUUGUGUUUGGACAAUGUCUUAUUGUAUUAGAUGGCCAAUAAUGUUAUUGUUCCAUUUUCAAAUGAAACAAGGAGAAAAAUUGUGAGUGAAUUAUAUGAGGGCAUUGAAAAAAGAAUUAAAAACUUUGAUUCUAUUGUUUGUUAAUAUUCAUAUACUUUGAUACGCCUACUAUAGAUAAAGUCAGUGGCAAAGAUUUGUUAUAGAAAUAUCCAUGACACCACAAACUCUUUCAACUUUAUAAAAUUGUAUAUGGAUGGAAUGAAGAACUUUGAGUUGAACUCAUAUUACAUUUAUGAAAAGGAAUUGCAAUUUAUAACAGAAACCUUAGCAGUAUUAUUCAAUAUGGCUAUUUAUCUCUUAUUUUAUAAACCUGCUCCUCUUGUAAUUUCUAAAUAACAAUUAGAAUAACAUGGAGAUCAUUUUCAAUUGCAAGGCAUGAUAGGAUAGUUGUUGCCAGAAGAGAUCAAUUCGCAAUUGGUACCAAAUAAGAGUAUUUUAUAUCAAGAUUCAAUCAAAUAUUUCUAAAAAUGGCCUCUAUUACCAAUUUCAUUCCUAGAAGAAUUAAACUCAAAUCAAUAACAUGAAGAGUUGGAAUUUUAAUAGAUCUUAUCUCCUUUUAGAAGAAGAAAUCGACUUGUGAAUGUAGAAUUAAUUGCCAAUAUUGAAGAAGAUGAUGGUAUGUUAGAAUUGGAAUAUGAUGAUAAUGAUAUGCAUAGUGAAUAAAGUGGAGACUCUCAUAAUUCUCAUGAAUCCGCUCCAGAGGAUCUGGAAGAAGAGGAAAACAGUUGGGGAUCUAGUUAAAGUGGAAAUAAUCAGAUAGAACCAGAAGAAGCUUAGAAUUCUUCAUCUAGUUGGACUGAUGAAGAGGAUGAAGAUGAAGAUAACGAUUAACAAGAGGAAGAGGAAGGAAGCGAGUAGGAUGAACAAGAUGAACAGGAAGAAGAAAAUGCCUCAAAUAGUGAAAUUUAGAGUGAUGGUGAAGAAGACAUGGAUUAAGAGGAUGAAGAAGAACAUGAAGAAGAUUAAGAAGAUGGAGUUAUUGAUGAAGAAAAUGAAGGAUUUGAAUAAGAAGAGCAUAAUGAUGAUGAAAUUUCAGAAGAAAAUAUUGAAGUCACUAAACAAUUCCAUCACCUUACUAGUAGAGAAGAUUAGGCAUUUGCUAAAAUGACCAAAUCUAUUAUUCAAUUAAUUGGAAUUCAAUUCCCAUAGUAAUUUGUGAAGGUCUUAGAUAAACUAGUCUAUUCAUUACCCAAAAUGAACUCCCCAGAAGAUUCCUAGCCAAUUAAUUGGUGGACAGAAUUGACACAAUUCGUAGCUAAAUCAUUCUAAUUAGAUGAAAGAUCAUAUGGAUAAGAAUUGAGAAUGCAACCACUAUUCAGAGAUAAUAGAUGGGGUAAUGAGAUCUUUAGAAUUGACUAAAAUGAUAGAAUUUUUAAUAGGUUUUAAGCAGCAAGAUUUGAUCAGAUUGACAGACAAGAAAGAAUUGAUUAGAUUAGAUAAGAUAGAUACAGAUCAACAUUUCGAAAUAGAAGAGAAGAAUUAUAACUUGAAUAAUAACUACAAUAACAAAUUCAACCAUAAGCUAAUUUAUUUUAAUAACACUAAUAGCAGGAAUAUAAUCAUAGCAGAGAAGCAUAAUUUAUUCGAUUAUUUAAUUGGAAUUAAAUCUCAUAAAGUUUAUAAUAACCAUAAUAAUUAUAAUAGUAAUAAUAAUAAUAGUAAUAAUAAUAGCAAUAAUAAUAAUAAUAGUAAUAACAAUAAUAAUAAUAGUAAUAAUAAUAAUAACAACACUCUGCUUCCUUACAUCAGUAAGUUUAAGAUUUACAAAACUUACAAGAUUAAAUAUAAUAAUAAUUUAUGAAUUUACUACAAUAAUAAUCGCAAUAAUCACAGUAAUAAUAAUAGUAAUAGUAAUAAUAAGAAUAAUUGCAAAAUUAACAAUAAAUUCAAGUUGAAGAGCAGCAAGUUGUUAUUCCUAAAACCAGCUCAGAAGUUAUGUAAAUAGAAGCUUCAAGUUAAGAAUCCUAAUAAUAAGGAAAAAAAUAAGAUUAAUAAUAACCAUAAUAAUAACAAUAAAUGCAAACAGAAGAUUAACCUUAAAAAGUAGAAUAAUCUAAUUAAAAUAUUUAAUAAGAAUAAUAGUUAAAUUUAGAAUAACUUUAUCCCAACACCUUCAGCUUCUUAUAAAGGGUUGGUAGAACUUUCGAUGAUUUAACAAAUAACAACAUAGAUCCAUCAGUAUUUGAAGAUUUAUAGGAAGAUAUGAUGGUUGAUAUUAUUUCCAACAUUCCAGAAAAUAAAGAAAUAAAUGAUAUCGAAGGAAUAGACCCAUAAUUCUUAUAAUCGUUACCUCCAGAAAUUAGAAGAGAAAUUUACUAAUAAUAUGUACAACCAACUUAAAAUUAACCAUAAUAACUUUCAGACCUAGAUUAAUUGAUUGCUUUAAUAAAUUAAACUCCUUAUGAUGAUAGAGAGGAAAUGUAUUUAUAAAUUAGUGCUGAAUAAGUGCGAAAUCUGCCUUAAGAUCUAAGAUAGGAAGCUACUUAUAUAAGAGAUAGAGCUGAUUAAAGGGCAAUUGAAUAGACAGAAAGAUAAUUGUACUAUUAGAUCGAUCCUUAGUAAUAACUCCAACGUAAUCUCAACCCACAACCACAAUUACAAAGAAAGGAGAACCAAAAAUCUUUGAACUUGAAAAACUUACUUCAAACUUAAAGACAUUUAGUAUAGAAAUUGGGAAAUGUGGAUGAUGAAUUUGCUGAAUCUUUAUUGAGAUUACUUUACGUUGAAUCCCAUAGUUUUGUUAAUUUCCCAAUAAACUUAUUCAUAGCUUUGACAAACAAUCCAAAUGUGGAAUAUAAAUUGAUUGACACUCUAUUUUUCAUUCUUAAGAAUCGAAAUCAGAGAACAGAUUAAGGUGAAUUCCCUCCAUAAGUAUUAAUAAGAAGAAAUGGUUUAUUAAGAGAUUAAAGCAAGAUCUAUGAGAUAGUGUCGUUAAAGAUCCUUUAUUUAAUUUCAAAAUUGUAGGGACCAUCAAUAAAAUACUUCUUUGAAACAAAGAAAUAAGGUUAAUUGUCAUCCAUAGCCAAAAUGUCAGAAGGUAGUUAAGACCUUCCAUUGUUGUAAUUAAUAUAGCUAUUACCUUUGUUUAAAGGUGAUCAUCAAGAGUUAUUGAUUUAAGCAAUUUCAAAUAUAACAACAAAGUAGAAGGACUUUAAAUAGGAUUAAUUAAAUUUAGAUUCAAGAUCAGUGGAAUGUGUUUGCACUAUAUUGUUAUAAAAUAUGAAUAGAAGUGUUAAAAACUUCUCUCAUAUUAUUUUAAAUCUUAGUAAUAAUAAAGAAAACCAACAGUUAAUUAUCAAAUACAUAAAGGAAUUUAUUUAAAGAAUAACAAGAGAGAUAAAUAAUAAUUUUGACAAGUAAUGCUAAUAUGAUGAGAUCUUUACGGCAGAUAAAGCUCUGAUCAAUGUAUUUUAGUUUGUUAGAGAAAUGAAUGAUAAAAUAGGGGAGAAUAAUGACUAAUAAGAUACAAGAAGCAAUUUUAAGGAAUUAUUGGAAGAUUAAGGUUUAAUUUAAUUGUGGAGAAAUUUGAUUAAACUCUUACAAGACAUACCAUAAUAAAAGUUAGCAAAAUUAAGUACUAAAAUAUCUCCAUAUUUGGAAUGCUUUUUCAUUAUUUAUUAAUUAGUCAAUCCUAUUAGAAAGAAUAAAAAUAUUUAAAGAGAACCAACAAAGAUUGCGAGUAUGGAAGGAUAAUAAUAAGAGGUUUAAGAACAAUAAUUACAUGAUGAAUUAUUUUAAUAGAUUUGUGAGAGUGGAAAGGUUUUGUUGAAUAUGAUGAUUAGAGAGAGAUUAUAAGAAUUGAGAGAGAAAGGGAAAUUGGUUAAUGAUACUUUAGGAGUUAUAAUAUUUAAGAAUCCUAGAAUUGUAGAUUUUGAUAAUAAACAGAAGUAUUUCAAGAUGGAGUUGAAACUAUUGAAAAUGCAGAACAAUAGACAUCAUUAUGGAAAUAUCAAUUUAAGAUGUAGAAGAAAGGACAUAUUCAUGGAUUCAUAUCAUCGCAUAAGUAAAUUAAAGCCAGAAGAAUUGAAGGGUAAAUUACAUGUGGAAUUCGAUGGAGAAGAAGGAGUUGAUGCAGGUGGUGUUACUAGAGAAUGGUUUUUGAUGCUUUCAAAAGAGAUUUUCAAUCCAAAUUAUGCUCUCUUUACUCCAUCAUUAAAUGGGCAAAUGUUUUAACCAAGCAAUAAAUCUCACGUUAAUCCAGACCAUGUUAAAUAUUUUAAAUUCAUUGGAAGAAUUGUAGGUAAAGCAUUAUAUGAUGGAUAAUUAUUGGACACAUAUUUCACACGUUCCUUUUAUAAACAUAUUUUGGGUUAGAAGUUAACAAUUCAUGAUAUGGAGGACAUAGAUUUAAAUGAAUAUAAUAGUAUGAAGAAAAUUUUGGAAGAAAAUGUUACAGAUUGGGGAAUCUAUUGGACAUAUAAUGUUGAUCAUUUUGGUAAACUAGAAGAAAGAGAAUUAAUUGAAGGAGGAAAAACUAAAUUAGUUACUGAAGAGAAUAAAUUAGAGUAUGUUCAGAUUUACUGUUAUUAAAAGAUGGCUAAAGAAAUUAAAGAUUAGAUUGAAGCAUUUUUGAAUGGAUUCCAUGAAUUGAUACCAUAAUCAUUAGUAAGCAUUUUUGAAUGGAAGGAAAUGGAACUAAUGUUGUGUGGUUUACCUGACAUUGAUCGUAAGAAUUAUAAAAUUGAUUAUUUUAGUUGAGGACAUGAAGGAAAACAUCGAAUAUCAUGGUUAUGAUAAAGGAGAUAAAGUAAUUUAAUGGUUGUGGGAGUUGUUGGAAAGUUUCGAUAAAAGUAAAAGAGCAGCAUUCUUAUAAUUUGUUACAGGUAUUCCUUAAAUUUAUCAUUAUUUAGGCACUUCAAAAGUUCCUUUAGGAGGAUUCAAAGAAUUAAAAGGAAUGCAUGGCCCUUAAAAAAUAUAAAUACAUAAAAAACCUUAUGUCAAUUUUGAAUUACCUACAUCACACACAUGGUAAAUGUGAAUUCCAUAUUAUUUAGCUUUAAUUAAUUAGACUUACCUGAUUAUCCAGCUAGAUAGAUUUUAAAGGAGAAAUUGGAGCUGGCAAUUAUGGAAGGAAAAGAAGGUUUUGGUUUUGCUUGA